CAUCAACAACAAAUCUGGAAACUCCCCGCCAUCUUCCCCGCGACUUCAGCCAAAUUACAGACGAAGCUUUCAGCCUUUCUGUCUUAUGUAUUCCACCAUCUCGUCUCGCCUCGCCAUGAAUCCAUGUCCAUGUCCAUGCCCUUGUUCCUGUCCGUAACACCGCAUCAGAUCUACGCAUCCGCACCCACAUCUACACCCGCAUCUCUGUCGCUGGUCCAUUGCCAUCAUUCCGACGCUAUGGCUGAGACACCCGGCAAUAACCACUUAGAGCUCCCAGACGAGCCUCUUGAAGCUCUUGAAGAGCCCCAUCAGGUGCAUCUCAAUUCUCCGGCUCGCACAUCCGCGGACAGCCCUGACAGAAGCGCGCGUGAAGCAACAGAACUGGCGCGUAUUCGGAGCAAUUAUACUAGGGCCUCGUCCUAUCACCACGCAGGGUCUAGUACAGGCUCACCGAAGCCAGAUGGCCUUCUGGAACGUUUCAACGACACCAUCAGAACCUUCUGGCGCCGUCAGAUAAGCAUCACCGUUGCCCACAGCACAUGCAGAGACCACCUUGCUUUGGAACGCACAUUUCUUGGCUACUUGAGGACUUCUCUUGCCCUGUCGAUGCUCGGCAUUGUAGUGGCUCAAUUAUUGCAAGCACACUCCAACAUUAAUUGGCUCACUGGGAUAUAUACUGACGGGUGAUGUGGCCGUAGCCGACUUCAGCACUCUCCAACGCCAAACCCUCACUUCGGCUUCUUCGUCCUGGGAAAACCGCUGGCAAUAAUCUGCCAGGGAGCUGCAAUUUAUACAAUAUUAAUCGGGGUCUUCAGGACAUGGAGAUCACAAAACGCAAUCGUUAGAGGAAAGGCUAUUUCUGGUGGCUAUGAGAUCGUUGCCCUGGCUGGAGGAGUCUGCGCCAUCUUGAUUAUGUUCACCGUGCUUCUCACCGCAGUCGACAUAUCGAAAGAGGUCUGACAAUCAUCGACCCCCCCCCCCCCCCCAUGAUCAGAACUCGAUGAUAGGCAAACCGAGCCGAAUGUACCCUGAUAACGUGGUGACAUUUGCCAGAAACUACCGGACGAAAGUGUGAUGAUUGGAGGCCUUUCUCGGCAUGAAGAAUCCUUCAAUCAUGACCAUCUGUGUGAUGCCGGUUAAGAGCAGCAUCAGAGGGGACCAUGCAUGUCUUCACAUGCCACAAGAGAUAUUAAAGGUAAUAUCAAGAAACUCUUCAGACGUACCGGAAAGGUUCCAGAGACAAGAUAGCCUGGAUCGGAAACAAUGAGGCAACGCUUGGAUAGAGUUUCUGGCACCUCGCCGGUUCAUUUCUGAUAUUCGAGGGACCAGUUGAUGAAACAGGAACCGUGCUCGCCGUUCAUGUAACCAACUCGGAGCUAAGUGCCACGAUAUCUAUAUAAAUUGAGACGGCAAAUCCCAAUAUGCUGAUCUCUACAUUCGCCACUUGAGACAGUACAAGAAAGAUGCUGAAUUCUAAUAAUCUUAGAAUGUCAGGUGCUUUGACGACUUUGCGAAAUGGCCUCGUGAGGAGAAAUCUUUCAUCCCGACCUGUAAUCCCGCUCAUAAUAACCUUUUCUAAGGAUGUUUACCCCGCUCUCCCGACAAGUGGAGACGGUGGAGAAAUUCGAGGCUAAGGUACCUAUAGUCAUGUACAUACAUACUCUGCCUAGCUAGGUAGCUUAGGUAACCUGCCUAAGAUGUCGACUGAUAUGUUUGGAU